AUGGAGAGGUCACUGGAGUUGGCCAAUGGCUCCAGCAACCUUGGUUUUGUCAUACUGGGUUUGUCUGCUAGGAAAGACAUCCGGGAUGGCCUGUCUGUCAUCUUCCUCACACUCUACCUGCUGAUCCUCCUGGAGAACACGCUCAUCGUCUACCUCAUCUGCACUCACAGUGAGCUCCGCAAGCCCAUGUACUUCUUCCUGGGCCACCUCAGCUGCCUGGAGAUGUCUUACGUGUCUGUGACCAUGCCCACUCUGCUGGCAAGCCUACGGUCCAGGCCCUGCCUUGUAUCAUUCACAGCCUGCAUUGCUCAGCUGUUUUUAUUCAUCUCUCUCAUUGGGACCAAGUGCACCCUCCUGGCCUCCAUGGCCUAUGACCGCUACGUGGCCAUUUGCCAUCCACUGCAUUACCCACUGCUCAUGCGGUCCCAGGUCUGCUGGGGCUUGGCCUUGUCCUCGUGGCUGGGUGGACUGGUGAUCUCAGUGGUCAAGACCACAUGCAUCACUAGCCUGUCCUACUGUGGCCCCAACGUCCUCAACCACUUCUUCUGUGACAUCUCCCCUCUGCUCAACCUGUCCUGCACCCACAUGGCCCUCACAGAGCUGGUGGGCUUCAUCUCAGUGCUUGUGGUCUUCUGUGGGUCAUUCCUCGUUGCUCUGGCCUCCUACAUGGCCAUUGGUAGGGCUGUACUCCGCAUGUCUUCAGCUGCUGCUGGCCAUAAGGCCCUCUCCACCUGCUCCUCCCACCUGAUAGUCAUGGGCAUCUUCUACUCAGUAGUGCUCUUUAUGUAUUCCCAACCCAGCCACACUGAGUCCACAGACCUCAACAAGGUGCUGUCAAUCAUCUAUACGGUGGCCACACCCACGUGUAGCCCAAUCGUCUAUGGCCUGCGGAACAGGGAGGUCCACGCGGUGCUGCGCAGGACCCUCAGCCCACGCUGGGCAGUCAAGGCCAAGUGCCCAGGGUUCAAAGGCAAAUAG